UUGUGAUGAGAGGAAGAGUGCUGGGUUGUGUGGAUCUCUUACUUGACGGAUUUUUGUGGUUUUAAUGGACAUGCGACUUCGAUUUCUGGAAUAAUACGCUUUGUACAAGCAGCGAUGGGUCGUCGAAUACAAAGAGAAAGCAUUUGGAUUCAGUGCGUCGCGUUGUUUUGUUUAUUUGACUGGUCUGCAGCGCAGAUCUCUUACUCCGUUUCAGAGGAGGUGGACAAAGGCACGUUUGUGGGGAAUCUAGCUAAGGAUUUAAACCUUAAUGUACAGGAACUGGAGUCGAGGGGUUUAAGGAUUGUAUCGGGACAGAGUAAGCGGUAUUUCGAUGCCAAUUUAAAAACAGGGGUUCUGUACAUUAAUGAGAGGAUAGAUCGAGAGGAGCUUUGUUCGAAUGCGAUGAAGUGUUCGCUAAACAUACAGGCCAUAUUGAGCCAUCCUACGCAGCUCCACCGCAUUGAGGUUAAUAUUUUAGACGUAAAUGACAAUGCACCAUCUUUCCUUGAAAAAUUCUACUCAUUCAACAUUUCUGAAUCAUCAUCCACAGGCGAGCGAUACCUUUUACCGAUAGCAAUUGAUUCAGACACGGGCAGUAACUCGGUAAAGAGUUACAAGCUGAGCCCGAGUGAACACUUCUCCCUGGAUGUACAGAGCGGUGGAGAGCAGAGUGUGUCUGCUGAGUUAGUGCUGCAGAAAGCUUUAGACCGAGAGAAACAACCCGUUAUCCAGCUAACACUGACUGCUGUAGAUGCAGGAAAACCUCCACGAUCUGGGACAUUGCUGAUAAUAGUGAAUGUAAUUGAUGCCAAUGAUAAUUCACCCACGUUCAGUAAGCCGCUGUACAAGGUUCGCGUUAAUGAAAAUGUUCCGUUCGGAACUAGAGUGAUUCAGCUAAAUGCCACAGAUUUAGAUGAGGGAGUCAACGGUAAAGUUGUAUUUUCCUUUAUCAAACGUGGUAACGUGAACCCCUCUGAUAUGUUUGAUAUAAAUUCAGACACUGGAGAAAUCACAGUUAAGGGAAGUUUGGAUUAUGAGGAAAGUCCUGCAUAUGAAAUUCGUGUGCAGGCGAUUGACCAAGGCGCAUCACCCCGCAGUGCACACGGUAAACUAUUAGUGGAAGUUAUUGAUUUGAAUGACAAUUUUCCAGAAAUAUAUGUGACGUCACUCAUGAGCCCAGUGAAAGAGGAUGCGGAGAUAGGGACAGUGGUCGCCUUGGUGACAGUUACAGAUAAAGAUGGUGGUAAAAAUGGCCUCACUAACAGUAAACUUGUUGGGCCAGUGCCCUUUAAAUUGAAAUUGAAUUAUAAAAACGAUUAUUCACUAGUGGUUGAUGGGCCUCUAGACAAAGAGAGUGCUUCUCAGUAUAAUGUCACCAUCACAGCUACGGAUGAAGGGACCCCGCCUCUCGCCAGCACCAGCGUUAUUACUGUAGACGUUUCUGAUAUCAAUGACAACGCUCCUCACUUCUCAGAACCCGUGAUUAAUGUUUAUGUCAAAGAGAACAGUCCGGUAGGUGAGGUCAUUUAUAAGAUGUCUGCUUUUGAUCUAGAUUCAGAUGAUAAUGCAAAGAUGACGUAUUCUUUAUUAGAUAAAAGUGUACCAAUAUUAUCGUCUGUAAAUAUAAACUCAGAUACAGGAGAUAUAGUCAGUCUUCAGUCUUUUAACUAUGAGGAGAUAAAAACUUUCCAGUUUAAAGUUCAGGCCACAGACUCUGGUGUUCCUCCGCUCAGCAGCAACGUGACAGUGAACGUUUUUAUCCUGGAUGAGAAUGACAACAGACCUGGGAUUCUCGCGCCCUAUUCUGAGCACGGCUCCGUUAACACUGAGAACAUUCCCUAUUCUGCUGAAGCGGGCUACUUUGUGGCCAAGAUCAGGGCUGUAGACGCUGACUCUGGCUACAAUGCGCUGCUUUCUUAUCACAUAUCUGAGCCCAAGGGAACCAACCUCUUCCGAAUCGGAACCAGCACCGGGGAACUAAGGACUAAGAGGCGAAUGAGUGACAAUGACUUGAAAACUCACCCGUUGGUCGUGUUGGUUUCUGAUAACGGAGAACCCUCACUGUCAGCGACUGUGUCUAUUGAUGUAGUGGUGGUUGAAAGUACAGGUGAAAUCCAGACUCAAUUCAGAAAUGUACCGAGAAAGGAGGAGAGCUUCUCCGAUUUAAACCUGUAUUUGCUGAUCGCCAUUGCCUCGGUGUCAGUGAUAUUUUUACUGAGCCUCAUCAGUUUAAUAGCUGUAAAAUGCCACAGGACAGACGACAGUUUCAGCAGGUACAGCGCCCCAAUGAUCACCACACAUCCUGACGGGAGCUGGUCUUACUCUAAAUCUACUCAGCAGUAUGACGUGUGUUUCAGCUCAGACACACUGAAGAGUGACGUAGUGGUUUUCCCCGCGCCAUAUCCACCUGCAGAUGCAGAACUGAUCAGUAUUAAUGGAAAUGACACUUUUAAUAGGACUCAAACAUUACCCAACAAAGAGAAGAGCUGA